AUUAUAGGCUGGCUACUCUAUGCACUCCAAGGGUCCUCCGAAUGCAGCAGAAUUGGCUUUUUCAGGUACACUGUUCAUCCUUGUUCAACAAUAGCUCAGAUCAAGGACCUUGCUACAUAUGUACUUUUUUUUUUCUUGACGCAUUGAAGGGCCUUCUCGUUCCAUUUUGAUGCUCAUCCUGUUGUGACGACCCAUCCCCUGGGAUUAACGCAAUCCACCACCCAGUGGCUCUGGAUUCUACGAAUUCCACCCCUUACCACCUACCACUAUUUUAUUGAGUUUUACCACUCCUACACCAUGGAUAUUGAAUCAAAGGAAAGCCGAGUUCAGUGGGCAUUAGCUGUCUUAAAAAAAGGGUCAUUUUAACCCCCGAAACACAGCAGCUUUAGCCUCUGAUAUCCCACAGACAACUCUUAGACGGCGGAUCAGAGAAACAGUUUCAAGAACUCAGAAAGUCGCCAAUUAUCGGAAAUUAUCAAAUAGCGAAGAAUCUACACCUUCAAGAUGGAUUUUGGAUAUGGAUAAACGUGGCCUCUCAGCCAGCAAUGACAGUCUGUUUAACGCCAGCAAGCCAGCGCCCACCCGGAACUACCAUAAGCAAAGAGAACAACUCCCGAUGGAGCAAUGUAUCGGGAGCUAUAGAAAAUCAAGUCUAUAUGGGAGCAUACAUAGCAGGAGACAAGGUGCAGUUCCAACGGCAGCAGACACCGUUCAAUCCAGGCAACAGAAAUACCGUCAAUCAUCCAGGAAAAAUCAAGCAUCGUAAUGAAAAGGGUUAAAGCUGCUGCCUCUCUUAAAUUAAGCUGACAUUUACGAGGCUAAAAAUAUAUCAGCCGCACCUGCAGCUUAUUCUUCUCCAGCCCUUGCACUCUUCCUCUGCCUAUUUAUAAACCAGCCCAUAAUAACAGCCUCCGGAUGCAUGGAAAAUGAACGAAGGUGCCUGCGGCAUCAUCGCUCGAAUCCUCUAACUCUCCUGGUGGUGCCGCAGAAUACAUCUUUAGCGUUGACUAGGACCUCCUGCUAGGCAUCCCUCUUUUAUUUCCGUCUGAUAGGGCAAUUCUUCAUUUGCAAUCGGCUCCAGACGCAAGACUGUAAGAUGCGGAUGAUGCUCGAGGUGGGGGUGAGUGGUGUAUAUAAACCACCAUCUUAUCUGCUGUCCUCCAUGGAUCAGUAUCAACCAGACCGAUUCAACGCAAAGAAACUCUCCAUUGUUUCUUCCUAGUCUGUUCUGGAGUCAAUUGAAGCGCAUUCCUUUCAGUUUCAUAGUGCUAUUUCACCAACAUGUCUGAUCCGACCACAACCAUCCCGACAUCCACCUCGACACUCUCAACCACGACAGCAACAGCUUCAUCCACUGAGACAUGCAUACCUAAUAUGAAACCCGGCAAGGAUGGCUAUCUGCCUCCAUACUCCUGCGAUGCCCUGCAAAACUAUGUACUCUCUUUCGGAGCAGCUGUUCUCUUCACCGUCCUGUUUGGCUUGAUCACGGGCGUGCAUAUUGUGCAAGCCUUCAUUUAUAAAAAGAGAUUCUGCUGGGUCAUCAUCAUGGCAUCUAUCUGGGAACUUGCAGCUUUAAUCCUUCGUGUCUUCCUCUCAAAGCACCAGAACAAUGAGAACUACUACACAAGCAAUUUCUUGCUGAUGCUCCUUGCCCCUCUUUGGAUCAAUGCCUUCCUGUACAUGAUCCUCGGCCGCAUGGUCUACUUCCUCUCCGAAACCAAGAAACUUGUAGGAAUCUCCGCAGUCCGCCUCUCCACCAUAUUCGUCUUAUUUGACAUCGUCGCCUUUAUCGUCCAAGCCACCGGCGCAGUCAUGGCGUCCCAAACAGACGCCCCGAACAGCACCAUCAUGACGGGCCUACAUAUCUACAUGGGCGGGGUUGGAUUGCAGCAGAUUUUCAUCCUGUGCUUUACCGGGUUGGCGAUAUUGCAGCAUCGACAGACCCUCGUGCAAGAGAGACAGGGACUGUUGUAUUUGCGGUUCCAGGAUUCCCAGUCCCGGUCCUCCAUGGGGUGGAGAUGGUUGUUCUAUGCUUUAUAUAUUGAUCUGGUCUUGAUCACGAUAAGAAUCAUCUACCGCCUCUGCGAAUAUUCCUCCGGCUACACAACCUCUAACAGAAUGCUAGACAGCGAGGCAUACCCCUACGUCCUCGAUACUCUCCCCAUGUUCCUUGCCCUCGCCGUCCUAAACGUCCUCCACCCAGGCCGCGUCCUGCGUGGCCCCGACUCAGAAUUCCCGCGACUCUCCCGCGCCGAGAAGAAGAGGGUGAAGAAAGAAAAGAAGGCGCAGAAGGCUACCAAGAAGGCAGAGAAGAGGGUAGUUUCUAGACAGCAAGGCUUUGAAUCACUUACGGAGUCUGGGAGGGAGAGUCCGGAAUUUCGGGACUCGAUACGGUUGCCUGAGAGGAGACAAUUGGAAGUAUAAAUGUACUGCUUAUUCAUUUUACUUAUCUUUAUUUGGAGUUGGAUAUAUACCAUAGAUGGUUUGUCUUCCUUUUGCAUUUUAUGUUGACUGUUUGUGUCAUGACUCGCUUUUGCACUGCUUCAGUAAGUUGAGAUAGAAGGAUAGCGAUAUACCAAGGGGCUUCUUGAUGCUCUAGAAAGCAUGCAGACCGGGGGGUUGAAAAUAGAGAAGAAAUUGUGAAGCAAAU